AUGCCGGCGGCCGCGGGCGACGGGCUGCUGAGCGAUCCCCCCGUGGGGGGCUUCGGCGACGGCGAGUCCACCUCGCCGCCGCUGAGUCCGGAGGGGACCUUCCUGGCCGCCUGGGUCAACGCGUCCGCGUCGCGGGAGCGCCUCCGCGAGUUCCAGCACACCAAGCGCGUCGGCAACUACCUGAUCGGCAGGAAGUUGGGCGAGGGCUCCUUCGCCAAAGUGCGGGAGGGGCUGCACGUGGUGACCGCAGAAAAGGUGGCUGUGAAAGUUAUUGAUAAGAAAAGAGCCAAAAAGGACACCUAUGUCACCAAGAACCUGAGGCGUGAGGGCCAGAUCCAGCAAAUGAUCCGACACCCUAACAUUGCUCAGCUGCUGGAUAUCUUGGAAACUGAAAACAGCUACUACCUUGUCAUGGAGCUAUGCCCAGGAGGGAACUUAAUGCACAAAAUCUAUGAGAAAAAGAGAUUAGAGGAGCACGAAGCACGCAAAUAUAUCCGCCAGCUUAUUCUAGCGGUUGAGCACCUACAUCGUGCCGGGGUGGUUCACAGAGAUCUGAAGAUAGAAAAUCUUUUGCUUGAUGAGGACAAUAAUAUCAAACUCAUUGACUUUGGCUUGAGCAACUGCACAAGUAUCCUGGGCUACUCUGAUCCAUUCAGCACGCAGUGUGGUAGUCCAGCCUACGCAGCACCUGAGCUUCUUGCAAGGAAAAAGUAUGGUCCCAAAAUAGACGUUUGGUCUAUCGGUGUUAACAUGUACGCAAUGCUGACUGGGACGCUGCCAUUUACGGUGGAGCCAUUCAGCCUGCGAGCUUUAUACCAGAAGAUGGUAGACAAAGAAAUGAAUCCUUUCCCCACUCAGCUUUCCACAGCAGCGGUAAACUUCCUCCGAUCCCUGCUGGAGCCAGAUCCUGCAAAGAGGCCAAACAUUCAACAGGCUUUAGCAAACCGCUGGCUUAAUGAGAAUGGCAAAGCUCAAAAUAACGUCACAUAUCCAAACAGAAUUCACCUAGAAGACCUCAGCCAAAGCGUGCUUCUCUAUAUGACUGAAAAGCUUGGCUAUAAGAACAGUGACGUGAUCAAUACUGUCCUCUCGAAUAGGGCUUGCCACACACUAGCCAUCUACGUCCUGCUUAAUAAGAAACUGGAGUGCUACGUGUCAAGCCAAAGAAAGACUGAUGUUCCUGAUAACAUGUACAUGAACCAAUCAGGUCGGAUAGAAAAAUACAAAUCUAACAAGGAUUCCUACGAGGACAAAAAGGCCAAGGAACAAGAAACAACAGAAGAACCUCUUCACCCACUUCUGAAGAAAUCCGAGGCAAAUUCUCCUUCCUACAAAGAACCUUCCUCUUGCCUUAUGACACAGAAAGCUCUGCUGAAUGAUCACAAGCCAAGCCAAGGUGGUGCACCAGAGAAAGAUUCUCCUAGUGGUUUGAGCCCUUUCCAUAAAUCACCAACAUCCAAGACAGGUUGUGUCACUUCCUAUUCUUUGGAGUACCUUGAAAUCCAGCAGCCUAUUCCAAGAACCCCAAGGCUCAUGAAACGGCAAGAUUCUCCUCAACAAGAACCCUCAAGCCCUGGUAGCCAAAACUUGGAUUCGCCUUUAAUUCUGAACAUUGUACACUCUUUUGAAACUGGUGACAGAGAGGACCAAAUAGACCAAGUUUCUCCCAGCCAUCAGUAUCGAAUGCUAAGCUCACCAGUAAACUUUGGUCGGAGAAGCUCCAGUGAAAGGACACUGUCUCCACUGUUCCAGCCUGGAGGGACUUCUCCCAGCCCUACCAAAAGUCCAGUCCACCCCACGCAGCUGUCCUUCACAUAUGAUGAAAAAAGCAGCUCUUUUAGAGAGGAGGCCGUGUCUCCUACCCAGCUGAGUAACACCUCCAAUCCUCUGGGGAGCCCCAACUGUGUGAAGAGCAGAGGCCGAUUCCCCAUGAUGGGCAUUGGACAGAUGAUGCGGAAGAGGAACCAGUCAGUCGGCUCACCCACAGAGAAGUCUCUGGAAGCCAGAAUGCCUCAGUUGCAACAAAUGAGCCCAACACAAAUUUCCUUCAAUAUAAUGGACCCUAUAAAGGGCCAGUGCUGA